AUGAUAAACAAUUGCAGCCAUUAAAAGGUGGGUUACCUUCUCGAAAGAUCUGACAUUAAGGAGGUCUGUGACUUGUGUUACGACAUUGAUUGUAUAGAGUCUCACAAGUUUGUUUAAAAAGUUGAAUUGUCAGAUUUCAUUUCCAAGACACUUCCACUAUUAACGAAGUUCUCUUAAAUUUUAUUUGAUUAAUUGCCCAAUGCCAUUUCCAGUCUCACUUAAUAAUUGGGUUCCAUUUAUGAAAGACUAAUUUUUGAAUCCCCCAAAAAGCAAAUACACAGCAUGAUCGAGAUUUUAUAAAACAAGGACGAUAAGUACUUCGCCCAGUUAUUGGACUUUUAUAUAACUCGGAAUCACAUUCAAUUGAUCAAAGAGAAAUUAAAUGAAGUGUGCAAUGUGUACAAUAUGGUCAAAAAAUGUCAAGACCAAUUUCAGCCAAAUUAAUCUGAUACUCUUGAAAUCUAAGAUCAAAAAUCAAAGAACAAAUUCGAGAAGAUAAGAAUAUUAUUUUCUAAAAAGGAUGAGUCGUUAAUUUAAUAAUUGCCUUUGAUUGAUCUCAAUAGCAAAAACAUAGAAUUAACACAGAAUUUUGAAAUACCAACAAAUUUUAAGUUCAAAAGAUUGUACAGCAUCACCUGGCUAAAUGAUAAAUUUAUAGGCAUUGCAGCUGGAGAAUUUCAUCCCUUCAUCAUUUAUGAUCCAAUCAAAAAAUAUGUUCAUUAAUAAAUUGUUGAAAUGAAAAAUGGAGUCUAUGAUUCUAUUGUAGUUAACUCAACCUAAAUUGUCUUGGCUUAUGUGAGAAACUUAAAAUUAUUUGAUUUUGUAAAUGGAAAAUUUGUAGCCAACUUACUUGAGUUCCAAGAAUCACAAAGUACACCUAGUAAACUAUAUUAUUGCAAACAAUCCAAUUCUGUAUUCGCAUCCAAUAAUUUUAAUUAAUUAAGUCCCGUUAAUUAUAUAAAUCGAUGGAAACUAGAUAAUGGAUAACUCAUUAAAUAUGAAAUACAAGCCAAGACUUAUGGACCCUUGUGCAUUAUCAAUGAUAAAUAGCAAUUUUGUUCCAGUCUUUGGUGGGAUAAGAACAAAAAAUCAUAAAGAAAUAAUUAUAUUUUUAUCUGGAAAUAUGAUAAGAGUGAACCCAUCAAAUAGAUCAAUACCAAAGAACCUUAAUAUGCUAUGAAUAUCAUUGAUAAUGAGAUUAUUGGGUUUGGCACAGAAAUCACUUUCUGGAAUCUCUAGAACUUUAGGCAAACUAAGAAAAUUAAAUUUCCAGAAGAUAGACUCAAUCCCUGGAAUUCAUGUGUUAUUGAUGAAAUGAUUAUUUUGGGUUGUGAAAAUGGAAACAUCUGGGUGACAAACAAAGGAUUUGAUAAAUGGGAAAAGUUGAUGAAAAUGAGAGCAAAAACUAUGAAAAUUCAUGAAUAUAAUGGAAAACUAGUAAUUACUGCAUUAGAUUGUAGUUUUUGCAUCUUUUAAAUUAAAAAUUGA